AUUCACAUCAUAACAGUGACUAACUUUUUAAGAUUUUCUAGACUGCAAAUGAUUAUCUUCAAUUCCUUUACAAUAGACUAUAGAAUAGAGAUCUGUAUUUUUUUCUUUAAACCUAAAACGAUCCAUGUAAAAGCUUUCGACCAAAUUAUUAUAGAAAAUAUUAUCUCUAAAUUUAAUCAAUAAUGCAAGACAAUCCAUACAUGAUUAGUAAUACAUAUAUCAUAUAUUACGCUAUUAAAUGUGUGUAUAUAUAUAUUUAAUCACAAACAAUAAGAUUUACAGUAAAUAAUCAGUCAUAAUGAGGACGACUGAAACUGGCUCAUCAUCCCUCUCGAUGUCGAUGUGUAUUACGACACGUGGUUGACAGUGGGAGGGGGUUUGCUUCUGACCCGAUACUCUGUACACAUUAUGAGCCAACGUUUUUCUUUUAAUCCCAGAUAAUGUCAUAUUUAAUGCAGUGUGACUCAAGUGUAGACAUUCAUUUACAGCAGUGGGCACUCCCACACUUUUUUAUGAAUGGAAUCGCCCUCUGAUGACACACUGAAACAAAGAUCCUAUCAGGGGAAAACGAUUGAUCACUCGUGCGUGUGUGUGCGUGUGUGUGUCUGUGUGUGUGUGUGUGUGUGUGUGUGUGUGUGUGUGUGUGUGUCUGUGUCUGUGUGUGUGUGUGUGUGUGUGUGUGUGUGUGUGUGUUAGCAGUGUGUGAUGUCAGCUGAUCCUGUAAUGACAAACGAGGAAACAGAAGCAGAAGUGAAAAUUGACCAUGUUUCCAUGGAAAUUAUUUAACUCUGUGGCCAUCCUCGGAAAAAGAAGACCGGCCAAAACUGAGAACAGAGAAGGAAAUUAACUUUGCACGACCAAAUAUCCAAUAUAUCAAAUACGAUAAAUCAAGGUCGAUUAGCUGCUAUAUGCCCGAAUAAUAUGCUUUAUCUUUACCGAUUGAUGUAUACAAAUAUAUUACAAGUGAUUAUAUAGUAAAUUUAACAUUGUACAACAAACCUAAACAUUAGAUUAGAAAUGAUUUAGAUUAAAUUAGAUCAUCCUCAUAACAAAUAAACAGAAGAUAAAUCAUUUUCAAAUCGAAUAUAUAUUGCAUUCCAUUAAAUGCUUUCUGAAACAUUGAAGCUUUGUUUUAAGAGUGAGAGAAAAAUAUAUGAUACAUAUCAUAAUUGAUAUGUUGAUAUUCAUUUUAUUUGAUUACUAUUUUACUACUGUUGGCUAUGAAAUGCUGCUGACCUUUGAUGGAAGUAGCCUCUCACCCAUCUAAUGUGACUCAUGUUUGCUGCAGCUGGUAAAACCCCCGAGGUUAAAUCUGCUUGCAGAGUGUGGGCGUGUCUGAUGACGACUCCUGUGAUGUCUUCGUAUGUUUUAUGACGUUCUACAAAAGAGUUAAUAAAUAGGCUAAACGUCAAUAACACUCACGGACGCUUGAGGAAACAACCUCGGCAAAAGUUUUUGCUCCGUGAACCUUCUGGAGCUUAAAUAUUUUGCAUUUUUGUGAUCGCCACACUUGCUCUUCAGCCUUUACUUUAUGAGCAUUCAUAUUUAUUUUCACUGGAAGCUGGCGGCAACUGAGCCGACCUCGUUCUCUCCGACGUCGCCACGCUAGUGAGACGUCGCUUGACGUUCUGUCGGUGGAUCUUUUAUUUCAGAUUCCUGGUGUCAACCGCCAUCAUGGUCCGCUGGGCGCUGAUGUUUGCUGCGGUCGUAAUCGAACACGUCUACGGGAGACGUGAGCUACCUCCUCUGCCCAUGGAAGACGGCUGCUUCCAGGUGACUGAAGAGGUGGAGAUAUUCAGGGUGGAGGGCGACGCUGUGAUCCUCUCCUACCCCAUGUUCAAGAGCGUGCUCGAGGCACGCAACAUCGCCCCGCCGACGGCGAGCUGCAUCAUCACCAAGGACAACGGGACGGAGGGCGUGGCCUCCGAGGCCGACGGGCGCGUCCGGCAGCGUGACAAGCAGCUGUGGCUCCUCCCAGCUCAGGCCUCCGACUCGGGGGACUACGUCUGCAUGUACAGAAAUGAAACGUACUGUAUCAGCGGGAGAAUCUCGCUGCGUGUGCUCGAGUCCAGCGCCGCGGACGUGCCCAGACUGUCCUAUCGGAUCUCGGCCGUCGUGGGAGAGAGGCUGGCGUUCAGUUGUCCGUCUCUGGGCGACUUCAACCAGACGGACAGACUGAUCGAGUGGUACAAGAACUACAGCUCCACUGCCCUGCAGCCGAGCAGAGUGGGCUCCUUCCCCCGGGACAGCGGCAAACUCAUGAUCCCCGCCGUGCGGCGAUGGCACGCGGGCGUCUACACCUGCCAGCUCAGAGUGCUCAUCGAAGACCGGCCGUACAAAGUCAGCAGGAUCGUCCUGCUCCGGGUGGAAGGUGAAGACCCAGCGAUCACCUCCGCUGUGCCUGACCUCUCUAUGACCCCUGACCCGCAGCUCAGCAGCAGCAGCAGCAGCUUUGGCACCGUUCAUGCUCCAAUAAUUCAACCACCUGUGAUUGUUUCGCCGUUGAACAGGACCAUUUUUGAAAGUCCACAUGGUUCAGGACUGGAGAUGUCCUGCAAAGUGCUCACCGAAUGUGAAAUGGCAGAGUCCACCAGGGUCACAUGGCUCGUCAACGGCCAAUCGGUGCGGUCGUCCUACCUCGAUGGUCGGGCUAUGCUGGGGGGAAGAAGUGUAACCAGGGUGUCAGAGGGCUGUCAGAUUGAGUUGAGGCUCAUCGUCGUGGCGAUGACGGAGGAAGACGUGAACACGGAGCUGAGGUGCGUCACUCAGAACCGAGGAGGAAGACGGGAAGUGGUCGCACAGCUUCGCCUAGAGGACUCCACGUUCACAUGGCUGGUGGUGGGAGCAGUGGCCGUAUCCUGCUUCCUGGCGGUGGUUUCAAUGUUCCUCUACGUCCUCCUCAGACCCAAAAGGAAAACGAAAAGGGAUUACAUUCUUGCUCGACAGAACAGCACCUUCUAGCUCUACUGCUGAAAACCUUCGCUCCACAGAGACCUUCUGUCAUGAGUUUUUUUUCAUUACAUAGAGAAUUAGUCUUUUCAUGCAUUGCGUGCAGGUGGUGUUUUUGACCGACGCUCCAUUUACAGGGAUAUUUUUGAAGUCUUCUUCCGAGCAUCCACGUCGUAUUAUUGCUGUGACCUACAGGAAAUACCCUGCGGACAUGAAAAUACAGAAUAACCAGCAGCGAGUUCUAAUACAUGGUCGUAUUCAUCGAAAGCUUCAAUCGCGGCUUCAUCUGCAUAUAUACGUGCACGCGACACACGGCUGUUUUAUUUUGUCAUUCUAACACUCCGUCAAGAAAUAUUCACUCAGGGGCAACUUUGUUCGGCUCGUCCAUAGACUGUAAGAUAAAGACGGACGACGCAUCUCCACUUCUUCCCAGUGGAUAGAAACAAAGCCAAAGUAUGGGGUGCUGACAUUUUGUGCUGGUGACGUCACGUGGAGCCAGAGGCUGCCACGGUAUCGAGGUCCCGCCAAAUCCUGCUCUCGACCAAUCACGAGUCAGGCUCAGCCGUCAACCACCGUGUUUCAUGCCAUUUUUAUAGCGUCAAAUAACAACAUGUACACUUGAACGGUCCUACAGGUGAUAAGAACUACCUAAAAUCUAUGGAAAAACUGUAUUUAUGGUGUACUAUGACUUUUUAGUUUUGGCCCAUGUCCCAUCUGCUAACAUGGAGGAGUUGGUGGUUUAUGACCUGUACUGCAGCCUGCCACCAGGGGGCGGUCCAGAUGAUUUGGCUUCACUUUUGGGCAGCUGACAUGUCGACCAUCUUUAAUCACAAUGUGUGGAAUGCGAUCUGAUGCAACAGUUCAGACAUGAAAUAAAAAUAUUUUAUGUUA